AUGGGUGAUGUUGCUGCUGUGACCAUUGAGGCAGAGCCUGAGCUCAUUGACAAGCUGCUCGCGUCCCUCUCGCUGGACUACAAGGUGCUGCUGCGCCUUGACGGGCGUCGGCCACCUGCUGCGGCGGAGGUGCAGGCCAGCAAGGACUGUGCUGGCAAGUCCCAUAGCAGCAACGACGGCGUCAGAGAGUGGCAGCGCGGCGUGGAGCCGCCCAGCAACACGUCUCGAGGCGAGCUGGCCAGCACCGUCGGCACGCUCGAUCAGCUGCGCAUCAAUCCGGCACGACCAGGUGCCGCAGACGCACUCCUGCCACGCACGGCCAGCUCGACUCUGAGCUCCGCGGGCAGUCCGACGCCGCUCGCUGCGUCAGUCGCGUCCGUCUCCUCCGACGACGAAGACGGCAUCCUGCCUCCCCGCAAGCGCAAGCGCAACAGGCGCAGCGGGCACGCCGCCCGCGGCCGCGCAGCACGCACUGCGGCACGCGCUCUGGCAAGCGAGGAGCCUCGAGGCCGGCCGCGGGAGCGCUCUACUGCGUCAGUGCUGCAGAAGCUGCGCUCCAAGUCCGGCUGCCGGUGGUAUGAGGAAGAGAACGUCGUUCUGCUAGCUGCCGGCUACGAAGAACAGCGCAACCGGAGACUCGUGACCAAGGAGACGCUCUUUGCGCGCUUCUCGCAGAAGGUGGAGACGCAGCGCACCCCUCGAGCGGUGUGGGAGCAGUGGGUCAAGCUGUCGAGGCCUAUCUGA